UCUUUUGUUUUAUCUUGCUUUCAGAUUCCUGAUGCAGUCACAGCUUAUUAUCUGAACAAAGCAGGUUUUGAUGGAACAGAUACUAGAGUUGUAAGGCUGGUAUCACUGGCAGCACAGAAGUUUAUAUCAGAUGUUGCCAAUGACGCCUUACAGCACUGUAAGAUGAGAGGAUCAGGACAGAGCUCGCGGAAAUCUGGCAAGGACAAGCGCUACACUCUGACCAUGGAAGACCUGACACCUGCGCUGAAUGAAUACGGAGUGAAUGUGAAAAAGCCACCUUACUUUGUAUGAUACAAUGAUCUAUUUGUAAAAAAAAAGAUUGGAUAUACUUGAAAUACUACAAGCGUUUCUCUGAAAUUGGGAUCCUUAGGAUUCUUAAAUUACUUGAAGGGGCUUGUGUAUAGGCAUAUCUAGCUUGAAAAAAAGAAAGAAAAAAAGAAAGGGAGGGAGGGAGGGGUAAUUUUGGUGGCUAUAAAUAUGUAUAUGUAUUUUGUGCUUUUCUUUCAUAACUAUUGUCUAACAGUGUGUAGUCAUCAGGGGUAGCCACCCUCGCAGUCAUGUUUAGGUAGGUAGGGGUGAGAGACGCCUGCCUAAAAACGCCUGCGAGGAAGGCUACAGGGGGGAGAUUGGGGAAAGAGGCAUAAAAAAUAUUAACUUCUAAAAGAAUGGAAUCAUUAAAUCUUUCAAGCCUG